AUUUAAUCAUAGAAUGUAUUGAUAGUGGAUAACUAAUGAUGCGACUUGUUCUGAUAGGUUGUGCUUCUCGUUACCGGCGCGCUCAACUAUGCGAUGAUCAAGAAUGGCCUUGGACGACAGGCCAUAUCCGUCUCCCAAGGUGAACUGGAAAUGUUCCUCAAAAUUCUUGUUGUUUCUCAAAUCAUCUUCGUCACAGGCAUAGCGCUGGUCAAGCUGUCUAUAUUGCUCAUGUACCUUCGCAUCUUUACAUCGAAGGGGUUCAAGCUCGUCGUUUAUAUCGUCAUCGUGGCCGUCGCAGCGUGGUGGGCCGCUAUCACCCUCCUCAGCAUAUUUCAGUGCAAGCCGAUAGAGAAGUCAUUCCGACCUUGGAUCGAUGGACAGUGCAUCACUUUGGAGGGUGCCUACUAUGGUAGCUCAGUGCCUAGCAUCGUUACGGAUUUCAUCAUCUUGUGCCUACCAAUUCACCAGGUGAUCAAGUUGAAGACCACUAAGACCAACAGGGCGAUAAUAUGCUUUUUCUUCGCCACGGGUGCCUUUGCCACAUUCGCAAGUAUCGAGCGAUUUCUGGCUGUAUUCCAGGUAGACCACUUGAAUGGAACCUGGACACUCACAGUACCUUUGGGGUGGGCCAUGAUCGAGCAAUCGAGCGCAGUCGUCAGCGCCUGCCUUCCGACCUUGCGACCGCUGCUCGUGACGUUUUACAAAUGGAGCGGGCUCCAGAAGAGUAUUUCCGAGAGAUCGAGGGCCGUGAGAGCCAGUCGUCCUUCUAAUAUCGACUUGGUCACGAUUGGAGGGGGGUCAGGGAGCGCGUCACAACGAAGAGACGGAUCCGGGCAACAGCAAAGCAAAGAUAGGGGAAUAUCGACAUAUAUAUCCAAUUCAAGCUUCUCGCAGUCGAGGCCGAAGGUCAAUGACGAGGAGCGCGCGGUUAUGGUACAGCCUGAUCACCAGAACGGCAUACACGUUCAGGUGGAGCAUUCCGCGCGCUGGAGUCUGCGCAGCACCGAGCAACUUGUACCUGACGACAACAGCAUGACUCACGCUGACUAGUAAUCUAUCUAUUUGCGGCUGAGUGUCGUAGAGAUUACAUUAUGAGCUUAUGCUGGAAAA